AUGUCGGAACCGGGAAACCGACUCCGCAGGCUGCUGGAAUCGCCCAAUUUCGACCCUCAGAAUUACGUGAAGCAGCUGUCCCAACAAUCGGAUGGCGAUCGGGACCUUCAGGAGCACCGUCAGAAGAUCCAAAAUCUGGCCGACGAGACGGCCCAGAACCUGAAGAAAAAUGUCUACAAGAAUUAUCGACAGUUUAUCGAGACGGCCAAGGAGAUCUCGUACUUGGAGAGCGAGAUGUACCAGCUUAGCCACAUCUUGACGGAGCAGAAGGGCAUCAUGGAGAGCAUCACGCAGGCUCUGCUGUCCACCGACAAGGACGAGACCUCGAAGGAGAUGCAGGCUGCCUUCCCGAAGGAGAGUGAGGAGCUGAAACAGAGGAGUCUAACCUCGCUUCUGGAGAAAGUCGAAGGCGGCAAGACCAUCAUGGACACCCCCGGGAGGCACCUGGUCUACAACGGCGACCUGGUAGAGUUCGACGUGGACAACAUGUCCCCCGUCCAGAAGGUGCAUGCCUUCCUCAUGAAUGACUGCCUGCUUAUCGCUAACUGGCUAGCCAACCGGCGCGGAGCCGUGAAGUACAAGUACAACGCCUUGUACGAUCUGGAGAGCUUCGCCGUGGUCAACGUCAAGGACAACCCGCCGAUGAAGGACAUGUUCAAGAUCCUCAUGUUCCCAGACAGCCGUAUUUUCCAAGCGGAGAACAGCAAGAUUAAGAAGGAGUGGUUGGAAAUCCUGGAUGAGACCAAGAAGAACAAAGCUAACAAGGAACGGGGCAAGAAGGAGGAGGAGAAGCCAACGUCACCCGUUCGGGCUGAAGUGUCCACCAACCCUUUCGAUCAGGAUGAUGACGAUGAACAGGCAGAGGUGGAUGAGAGUGUAGAUCUUGGUCUGGAGUGGAUCCAGGAGCUUCCAGAAGAUCUGGACGUGUGCAUCGCACAGAGGGACUUCGAGGGCGCCGUGGACUUGCUGGAUAAGCUCAAUGAAUACCUUAAGGAGCAGCCGCUCACGCCGAAAGUCAAGGAACUGCGAGCCAAAGUGGACGAAAGAGUGAGGCAACUGACCGACGUUCUCGUCUUUGAGUUGUCGCCGGAUCGGUCGUUACGUGGCGGACCUCAGGCCACCAGGAGGGCCGUGUCGCAGCUCAUCAGGCUAGGCCAGUCCACCAAAGCGUGCGACUUAUUCCUGAAGAACCGUGCGGCGGCGGUACAAACAGCCAUCCGCCAGCUGCGCAUCGAGGGCGCUACGUUGCUUUACAUCCAUAAGCUCUGCAACAUCUUCUUCACUGGCCUGCUGGAGACGGCUAAGGAGUUCCAGAUGGACUUCGCCGGCAACACGGGAUGCUACUCGGCCUUCGUGGUGUGGUCCUGCUCGGCCGUGAAGAUGUUUGUGGACGCUUUCAGCAAACAGGUGUUCGACAGCAAGGAGAGCCUGUCCACGGCGUCCGAGUGUGUAAAGGUGGCCAAAGAGCACUGCCAACAGUUGACCGACAUCGGACUAGACCUGACUUUCACCCUGGAGUCUUUGCUAGUAAAAGACGUGAAGGCAGCUCUGCUAAGCUACAAGGACAUCAUCGUGGAGGCUAGCAAGCAUCGCAAUUCUGAGGAGAUGUGGCGAAGGAUGAACCUCAUGACGCCGGAAGCUCUCGCUAAGCUAAAGGAUGAAAUGCGCUCGAGCGGUAUCUCCACGUUCGACACGUACACGGGCGCCGACUGCUGGGUGAACCUGAGCUACACGUUGGUGGCCUUCACCAAGCAGCUGCUGAGCUUCCUGGACGAGGCUCUCAAGCUCUACUUCCCCGAGCUGCACACGGUGCUGCUGGAGAGCCUGCGCGAGAUCGUGCUAGUGGCCGUGCAGCACGUGGACUACAGCUUGCGAUGCGAGCAAGACCCUGAGAAGAAGGCCUUCGUGGUGCUUAACGCCGCUUUCUUGCACGACUGCGUGCUGCCAGAGGUGGAGCGGCGCUUCGAGGAAGCCGUGGGGAAGCCCGCCAAGCAGUUGCGGGAGCUCCGAAAGAGCACGCGGCCCGUUAGGGUCAAUCCGGACAGCACCAUGUCGCUUGUCUAA